AUGGCGCUGCCUACGCCUUACUGUACGAAAGAACCUGAACGCCCCUGCUCAUCCAACGAAAUUCCUUACGCAGGCGUGGUGGCGCGUGACAAGCUGGCACAUGAUGUAUACCAAUCCGUGCUACGCACUCGUCGAUGCGACUGGAUAGAGCUCAUGAACUGUGCCCCUAUGGCGAGUCAGUACCAUUUGAGUGCGUAUAGUGUGCUCAAGUUCGGAGUCUCUGGGGCCCCCUAUGCGUAUCUUCCAUUGACGCUUCAACAACCACGCUUGGCAGAAACCGUGCUAGAGCGCCAGCGUAAAAACGAGACGCACGCAUGGCGAGUGAAACUACAUUUGAAUGCUGGUUUAGGGCUGAAAGAUUCAAGUAAUGCCAUUCAUCUCGUGGAUAAGCUAACUGAUGGGACUAAUGAACGCAUUUAUCAGGACUUACAAGUGGCCAUGGCGGACAAGUCCCUGGCUGAAUCUCAGGACUCAGCGUGUGUGAUCAAGACCAGUAACUCGCACCCUAUUAGUCUCAGUCCUAUCAUUCCUGUUCACUUGCUGCCAUAUAUAUCUGCGGACGUGCUGAGCCAUUUGCCCCCGUGCUUCAAAAUGCCCGAGACGCAUGAUAAGAGUCAAGAUCCUGUGCAUAUAUCUCUAAAGACCACUGUUCGACGUGAAGAUCUCGACGUGUACUUGGAAAAAAGUUUACAGGACACUGAGGGUUACGCGCUGGGGCAGAUUCGAGGUGAACACCUCGUUCGUAUGCCCAGGAGUGUUCCACUCGACAGUAUGUUGAAUGAAAAUGGUGCACCAUUGGAGCAGUUUUCAUCCCAUUCCCCUACAUCUGAAGGGCCUUUAAUAGGCAAUCUGCUGCUCUCUUCGUGUCCGGGCAAAAAGGUCCGUCUUGACGAACCUUUCCAAGGCCGAAGCCCCAUUUGCCGUGAUCUAAAGAUUGACCUCGACAGGAUCAGGCAAAUGGGUGUACGAGCCAUUGUAUGUUGCCUGGAUGAUGAAGAGCUCAACAUGCUUGGAGCACCAUGUCAUGAGUACCGAGAACAAGCACAAUCGCAAGGAUUUGAUCUGAUUUGUCUACCCAUGGCCGAAGGCUUUGCACCGAUCAAUAUGACCCGCCUAGACAUGAUCAUGUCUAUGUUGAUCCUGAACUAUACGCUGCGUGGAACUUCCAUUCUCGUGCAUUGUCGGGGGGGUGUGGGACGUGCAGGCUUAGUGGCUUGUAUCUGGUUGCUCAAGAUGAAUCUCGUAUCGCUUGGGUCAGAGGAUACACCAAAAUUAUGUCCAUGCUCCAAUACUUCAUCUCAAGUGCUUGACACUGUGCUGAAACUCAUUGACACUGUGCGGAAACGGCGCAGUUUGCGUGCUAUCGAGACAGCGGAGCAGGCUCGUUUUUUGAUGGAGUACGUCCGGUUUAUAUUCGGCCAAGAACGUGCGCGCUUUUGCUUGGAAACAGCCAUGCCUUGA